AUGGGAGAAGAAGUUGUUAAAGAAAGACUUGAUAGAGACUUAGAUGCUUAUUUCAGCAGCACUGCAGCACAACCUGCUGCUGCUGCUGCUGCUGUGGCAGCAGCUCCCGAGCAAGACGCGGGGCCCAGCGCUAUGGAGGUUACCAUGGAGAACUCUGCCUUGUGA